AUGUCGGAAACUCGUGUCUCUACAAGCUCAGAAAGAACUAUGGAAGAAAACCCUGGGACCAAGCCUGAAAACAACGGCAGCGUGGCAGCUGCUGGACAACCGCCAGUAGAAGGAAACCACGGCAGUGCGGCAGAAGACAUUUCGCUUCGGCCAGAGAUUGCGCGCGUUUUGAACUCAGACGUUGCGAUAAACGCGCUUCUUUCUCGCCUUAAACAGUCGUUGCUCACUUGCGAAGAACUCACCAAAUUCGUGCGUAAGAAGUCGUUCCUGGAGGAUGUGCAUGCUCAAGAGCUGGGCAAGACUUACAAAAACUUCUUUCAGGAUAGCACGGCAACAUCAUCGCUGCAGCGAAGCAUUCACGCAGUUCUCGAUUUCGAUGGGAAACUUGCGCAGGUCAAGCAGAGCUAUGUCAAGGCUCUUCAAAAAAUGAGUGACGAAUUGGGCGCGCUCCUUCUAACUAUAACUAAAAUGCGUAAAAGUCUCAAGGAUACGAGCCGAAGGCUCGAAAAAGAAGUCGCAGAUGCGAUCCAUAUGGCAGAGAAGGCCAAAAACAGAUACCAUUCGCUAUGCCAAGACUGGGAAAAACUUAGAAUGACUGACCCUACGAAGACGAAGCUUACACUCAGAGGCUCUAAGACUACGCGUGAGCAGGAAGAAGAUCUACAAAGAAAGAUAGAUAGCGCCGAUUUGGACUUCAAACAAAAGGUGGACCAUUCCACCUCUUUGAGAAACACAUUCCUAUCGAAGGAAAGACCCAAAAUUGUCUCUGAACUUAAGGAUCUAAUUUUGGAGCUAGAUACUGCCAUGGCAAUUCAACUCCAAAAAUACACCAUUUGGACUGAGACAUUGAUACUGAAUAGCGGUGUGACGGUCACUCCGUUCGAUCCUUCCAAAUCCAUGAAAUCUGUCGCAGUCUCUAUGUCCAACAGGCUGGAUCUCUACAACUUCCUCAACAAAUACAAUCAAGGAUCAAGGAGCAACAAUUUUGUCAACAAGAAUUUGAUACCCGUCGAAUACAAACAACAUCCAUCAAUGGCCAAGCCAGGUCAAAAUAGAAGUGGAUACAGUAAAAUAAGUCAGCCAAGCUACAAUCAACCAAGCACUUUUUCUGUUAAUCCGGCAAUGAAUUCUUUGCCUAAGAGAAUGGUCUCGACGCAACACGAAUCGCCCUUUGACUCAGUUUCGAGCCCCAACCCCAAUUCUUCAUCCUCAAUUCACAAAGCAAACUCCAUCAACAGUUCAAAUCAAAACACAUCCAAUGGUGGAAGAGGCGGAUCGGCGUCUCCAGUCUCAUCGCUAAAAAAGCCCGUGUCUUCUAUGCUUGAUGUUGUGAAUACUAAUGACGAUAAAACAACUCAAAUGGAAAAAGAUUUUUCCACUUUGGACCCCGGUAAUGCAACGCGCUCAACAAGCUUGACCACCUCAAUGAUUACUACUGCGAGCGAAAGGCCAGUGUCCCAUAUACAGUCAUCAGUGACUCUUCCGCCUGGAAUAAACAAAAAUUUCAAAACUUUUGGUGUACCCCUGGAGAAGUUGCUAGACUAUGAGCAAGAAAUGGUUCCAGCGGUUGUUCGCCAGUGCAUUUACGUUGUGGAUAAACAUGGUUUGAACCUCGAGGGCAUUUAUCGAAAAUCAGCUAAUGUACUGGACGUGAGCAGACUUAAGGAAGAAAUUGAUAAGGAUCCGUCUAACAUAUCAAUGAUUGUUCCUCCUAACAACUAUACUGAGUCGGAUAUAUACUUGGCGGGUUCGAUUUUAAAGACGUUUUUUUCGAACUUGCCAGAAUCCUUACUCCCCCCAAGUUUGACCUCAGAAAUCAAAACAUGUCUCUCAAUACAAGAUCCUGUUACCAAAAAAAAUUACAUGCAUGGCUUGAUUUACAAGUUGCCGGACGGCCAGUACUGGACGCUCAGGUCCUUAAUCUUCCACUUGAUGAGAAUCAUAGAACACGAGCCUUCCAACAGAAUGAAUUUAAAGAGCGUUUGUAUCAUCUGGGGCCCUACCAUCGUGUCACCGAGUGACACUGAUAUCAACGACGUAAACUAUCAGAUCCAAGCAAUGGAAGUUCUGAUAAACGCCGCCAGUCAAGCUUUCGAACCUGAAUAA